AUGUCAUUAACUGUAGGCAUAGAGAGCAUUUUUUGCUUGGUGCUUAUUACUCUCUCUAUGAUUUUAUCAGUAUACCUUCCAAAAUUUAAGGUAAAUCCAAUUUAGAUAAAUUAUUUGCAUGAAUCUAGCAUAAUUAUAUUGAUUGGAAUUGGACUUGGAGCUAUUAUGGACUCCGCUGGACACACUCUUUCAAAAUUUAGCUCUGAUAUACAUAUUUAAAGAGACUAAAUACAUAAUAAUUCAUUUAAAAAAUCUAAAAAAUUUCUCCAAAACCUUUAUAAUUGUCAUUUUUAUAUAUACAAGUUGCCCUAUGAUGGCACAUUGAGCGCCAUCAUCGGGCAUUUCCUAUAAAAAGCUCUAGAUCUCUCUUAAUCAAUAUAUCUUUUUUGACUUUAUUUUACCACUCCUAAUUUUAGCUGCAGGUUUUAAUAUGAAAAGACGGCGAUUUUUCAGAAAUAUUGGCCCGAUUUUUUUAUUCGGGGUGAUAGGCACUUUUGUGUGUUUUAUUCUAAUUGCAGCGAUGUCUUAUGUAUUAAGUGAAUGGGGAAUUAUAAAUAACUCAGGCCCUACUACAUAUUUGAGUCCUAGUGAAGUGUUAGCUUUAGGAGCUGUUUUAUCUUCUUCUGAUGUAGUUUGUGCCCUUGCUUUGGUUGAAGAAAAUAAAACUCCCAAAUUGCAUUCUAUUUUAUUCCCGGUGAAGAAUUCCUGACCCUUCUGGUAUGUUAUUGGAAUGCUUGCUAGACAAUAAGGCUGCUGGCAUUACCAAUCAAGGGAUUAAAAGGGUGAGCUUCUGUCUAAAACACCCUGCUGAAGGAGAAACGCGUUAAACUCUAAAUAAUUAAUAUAGCAUUCUAUUUUAUUCGGGGAGUCUAUCAUUAAUGAUGCAGUGGCAAUUUUGCUAGUAAACGUGGUCAAAACAGUAAAAUUUACCGAUAUUAACGAAAUUGAGGUAUAGCGCUUUCCCGAGGAUGGCGCGGAAUGGCGCCGUCCUCGGGAAAGUCAACUAAGCAUCCACACGGGAACUGGGAGUUCCACGUCUGGAUGCCAUUUUUGACAUGUGGGAUCCAAACUUCCACAUGUCAAAAUGGCAUCCACACGUGGAACUCCCAGUUCCCGUGUGGAUGCCUUCCUGGCUUUCCCGAGGAUGGCGCCAUUCCGCGCCAUCCUCGGGAAAGCGCUAUAUUUAUAUUUUAUGCUUUGAAUUUUAAAAAAAUUAUAUAUUUUGUAGGCUUAUUUACUUUAGAAAUUAUUAUAGAUCAAAAUAAGUUAAUAUACAACUAAUCCAAUAUCCUUUACUUUUAUUGGAACUUUUCUAUAUGUAAGUAUUACCAGUAUUUUGAUGGGAGUCAUCUUUGGGCUAAUCGCGACUUUUAUGACAAAAAAAUUCUACGAUUUAAGAGAUGAGCCUAGCAAAUCCAUUGGCUUGUUAUUUUAUAUUUCCUUUUUAGGCUAUAUGGUAUCAAAAGCAGUUGAAUUAUCUGCUGUAAUCACACUAUUGGUGAGCGGUAUUAUAUCAGGGCACUAUGCUUGGUAUAAUUUAUCAAAAAUUUCAAGAACUUCUGUAGCUAACGCCUUCGCCUUUAUCGGUGAAGCCUCAGAAGCACUAGUUUUUGCUUAUUUAGGAGUUUCUGCGUUUACUUAUUAUGAAAAUGAUAGAAUGGAAUGGAAUUUUAUAGUCACAGUUUCAGGGGCUAAUGUCAUUGCAAGACUAGUAGCUGUAUUUGGAUUAGUCUGAAUGGUGCAGCUGCUUUCCCGUGGGAAAUUUAAAAUGUCAAUUAGCGCUAUUUCAGUUAUAUGGAUGGGCGGAAUAAUUCGAGGUGCCGUUUCUUUUGCCUUAGUGCUUGAUUUGGAUUUUAAUAAUUCAAAAAUCCUUCGCACGACUGUCUUAGGAGUUGUGAUAGGCACCACAAUUGUUUUUGGAACUAUAUUACCACUAUGAGUACGCCUUGUUAAGCCUGAUGAAGGCUCUGAUGAUCGUGGAACUGAGGUAAAAGAUGACGAAAUUUCCCGUUCUUUAUCAGGCAGGAAAAGUCUAUUUUUAGCACAAGACGAAACCAAAGUGUAUAAAAAUUGAGUCCACAGAAUGUGAAGAAAUAUUGACGACAAAUAUGUAAAACCUUUGUUAAUACAUAAAGAAGCAUUAGAAGAAGUCAAAAGAGAAAAAGAAACCCUGUCUGUUAAGAGUGAAGAGCAAAGGAAUAAUAGCGACAUAGCAUCAGCUAGCACUACUUAUAGAGAGUUACAAUAG